CUCUCCCUAUUUUCAUGAACUGUGAAUGUGUUAUAUAUUUUUGUUUUUUGUUAUCUCUUCAACUCUGUUGCAUAUUAACUUUAUUUUUGGUUAAUUUUAGUUUACAAGUGUUUUUUUCCUCUGUUUUUUUAUUUUGUAAAUGUAAUUAUCUAUAUUGAGACAGGAUGGUUCUCGAUUUGUUUGAUUCCCUUCGUAGUAUAUUGAAGAUAGAUCAAGUUCGUAUCGAUAAUAACGCAUUCCGUCUUCACUACAAAGCUACCGUCAUCCUUUUGGUUGCAUCAAGUAUUCUGGUUACAGGAAGACAAUAUUUUGGUGAUCCCAUAGACUGUAUACAACGAGAUGAUAUACCGCAAAAUGUUAUGGACACCUUUUGUUGGAUACAUUCAACCUUUACCUUACCCAAUGCUUUGGAUAAACAGGUUGGUGUCGAUGUUGUGGCUCCAGGAGUAGAUAAUUACAAGCCAGGAGAGAAAAAAGUUUACCAUAAAUAUUACCAAUGGGUUUGCUUUGUUCUUUUCAUUCAAGCCAUAUUUUUCUACAUUCCUCGAUAUUUAUGGAAAAUUUGGGAAGGUGGAAGACUACGAAGUUUGGUUUUAGGGUUAAACAAUCCCAUCAUUGGUGCUGAAGAACGAACCGAAAAUAUUGGUUUGCUUACACAUUAUUUAAAGACCAACUUGGGUUACCAUAACUCGUAUUUUUAUUGUUUUGUAUUUUGUGAGAUACUCAACUUUUUAAAUGUUAUCUUACAAAUGUAUCUUGUCGAUGCUUUCCUGGGUGGUGCCUUUUCAACUUAUGGCCUUGAAGUUCUUCGUUACAGUGAAAUGAAUCCAGAAGAAAGAGUUGAUCCAAUGGUUAAGGUUUUUCCUCGUGUCACCAAGUGUACCUUUCACAGAUAUGGUUCUUCUGGAGAUGUUCAGAAGCACGAUUCUCUUUGUAUCCUUCCAUUGAAUAUUAUUAACGAGAAAAUUUAUAUCUUCCUCUGGUUCUGGUUUGUUGUUUUAGCUGUUGUUUCUGGAUGGGUUAUCAUUGAGAGGAUGUUCAUCAUAUGUUUCCCUCAUUUCCGUUAUCUCUACCUCAGAUCAGCUGCACGUCUAGCUGAUCGUAAUCAUCUUCGAGAUGUUUUGGACUCUGCCAGAAUUGGAGAUUGGUUUAUGCUCCAUUUACUGGCCAAAAAUCUAGACUCUCUUAACUUUCGAGAGCUUAUCAAGGAACUAAGAGCUUCGCUUAGUAAAGAAGGAGAAAAGUUCAAACCUAGUGACCACCUCAUGUGAGCCCAUGAACACGGACAGCUAUCUAUAGACCUUAGUCAUGACUAUUUGUCCAAGAUUUUUUGACUUUCCAAGUAAUCAACUACUCAUCUUAUCGUUAAACAACCUACCUUCAUCUUUGAAAAUAUUGUUUUUUUUCACCCACUUUUUGUGUUCGCAUGAAACUAAAACCCCUUUCAAUAUUUACUUUUUUUUCAAAUCAUCAAAAUAUAAGCGAAACAAUCAACUCAACGCAUAUACUCGACAUUCAAUCAAAUUAUCAAAAAUCCAAAGAGACCUUACCAAAUAUUCUUGUUACUGCUUUUUCAUAAAUUUAUUCAUUAUUUUUCAAUCAAAUAUGAAUGAUGCAAUAGCUAUAAUUUAUCAAACAAAAUUUUGUAAGGAAAUAUUGGAAUACAAAAUGUCAUAUUAACUGCAACUCAUUGAUAAUGAUUUUGUCUAUUAAAAUGUGUCUACUGUUAUUUAAAACCAAACUCUAAUGAUUAGUGAAAAAAGAUGGAUUUUCAGACGCAAAUGAAUGAAAGAAACAUUGUAAACAAACAGUUUAACAUCAAUCAACAAAUGACAAAUAUUUUGUCUAACUAUACCAAAAAGUGACGAUUGAGUUAUACGAGACGUAAGCCACCAACAAAAAAACUGUAACACAUAAGAAGGGGACUAAUAAUCAAUCAAUCUCAUGCGACAGUUGACAUCAAUUGACACGUUAAAUGAAUCGACAAUGAAAAAUCAUACAAUCAGCACAUGGUAUCUUAAUUAAGGUCGUUUGAUUUCAUAGAAUUGAGAUGAAAGUGUAUUUCCAUUGAUGAACAAGAAGAGGCAGAAAGACAACAACAAAGAGUAUUGAUUCAGUAUUUUACCAUUGAAUUGGGAACGAAAGAGCUCAAUAAGUACCUCUUUUGUAUUAUCAAAUAAACAGAUCUCAAUUAAAUCAAGAGUUAUGAUGAUCAGGAGGAAGGGUUUCAAAUUGAUGAGGAAAACAAACAAAGCUCAUAAUCUUAACACUCAUUUUUUACCCAUAGAAAAAACUGAAUCACCAUUAAUAACUCAAAGUCAAGUCUGUUGUAUUCCUGAUCACUAAUCACUUAUCCAAAUCGUCUUAUCCCUGGAUAAGUAUGAAGAUGGCAAAGAUACUUGAGAAGGAAUGAGAAUGAAGACAUAAGACCAAGAUAUGAUUUUAAAAUAUUAAUAAAUCGAUUGAUUAUCAUGAGUACUUGAUGAGUUUCCACCUGUGAAUUGAUUAGAGCCCAACUGGUGUAUAUAAGGUCCAAUAAUUUUGCCAGACUUGUUCAAUCCGAAUCAUCGAUCAUCACCUCAACUUGACUAAUUAGUAUUCAAUACACAAUUGUAUUCACUUUUCUUGUUCCUUUUGACUUUCUCUUGUGUCUUUCCACUGUAUUGGUUAUUUCAUUAUUUGAAACCUUUCAUAGAUUUAUAUUAAUUUUUUCAUUAUAUUUUCUUGAAUUCAACAUCCAAACCUUAUGUACUUAUGCUGAAAAAUCAUUCGGAGAGUUUGAAAUCCUUGGUUGACCUUUUCAGUCAAAUCGAUAGUCUUCGAGGAAACUCUGGUAACGUCUUAGAGCUCCGUGUUUUAACCCAAAUUCACCAUAUUCCUUGAACACUUCAGUCUUGCGGUGGACAGUUGUUUUUACACAAUCUAGUUGAUCGUCUUAAACGUUGCUAACUCUUCUUCAAAUUAAUCAAAAAUUUGUAAAACAACCCAAAAAACUUCUAGUUAGUCAAAAGUAUAACAAGUUGGAAGAAGCUGUCUUUGUUUCCUCGAUCUUUCUCAGUCUCUCUUUCUUUGGUGUAAUAACCUUAGUGACUAACGGUGUAAAAGUAAGAGUCUCUCCUUUCACCCAACAACUGGCAGCCAUAUUUGAUCGCAUUUAAAGAUUCUUCCAUUAAAUUGUAACAAAAUUAUUGAUAUUCAUUUGUGAACUUGGACCACACCUUGAACAAUCAACCAUGCCAAUCUGUAAAGAUCAAGUUUUAAUUUUAAACAACUAUGACCACAGUCGAGAGCCCACACUUGAAGAGACAAAGUGUCCCAAAUUUACAGCCUUGGAUAACUAUUCAACAAGACCCACAAUUACACCCUGGAGUCAAGCAAAGACCCAAAACAACCAAACCAGUAUAAAUGAGUCUGCCAACCCAUGGGGUCCAAUGUUUAAAGAUCGAAGUGAUUUCAUUGAUGCCCAUUUUGCCUAAAAUCACAACCAAAUCAACAUAUUUUCAAUCUCGUUUAAACGUUAUAUUCAAAUGUACCUCUCCAUAAUGGGAUGCAAAAAAGUUCAAUUUUACACUAGAGAUUUAAACGGGUCUAUAAACAUUUAUAUCCAUAUGUUGAUUCAAUUUUUUAGAUUGGAUAAAGUAAAUUUAUUUUAACGGACUGACCAUUCCGAUUUAUGUUAGUUUCUAACCAACUAUAUGAAUUAUCGACAAAAUAGAUUAAAUUUAUCGUAUACUUAUUCACCCAUUUCCCACUUAUUCAACCAAAAUUGAAAAUGUUAUCCUUAUAUUAGUUUCCCUUUACCUUUCCCUAAAUGCAAUGACUAUGCUAAUAACGAUCUGUCAACAGACUUGCUGGUAAAAAAAUUAUUUGAUUGCUUAGCAGAGUUUAAAUGAAUUAAAGAUCACCACUAAUUGCUGUGUUCAA